GCGAGAACGAGGUGGUCCGCGUGCCCAAGGUGAAUAGGUACAGUGCUGGACUGUGCAGUCGGAGCGCUGUCUCGCGGAGCCGUUUCCGUCGCGAACCUCCCGGGGGGUCAAAGCGGUGCAGUUUGCUGACGGCACGAGGGAGCGCUUCCUGUGGUGCGAGCUAAGGCACUAUGGCGAGGGCCGUGCGCUUCGUCCUGUGGGACGUGAAGGACACCCUGCUGCGGGUGCGCAGGUCAGUAGGGCAGCAGUACUGCGAAGAAGCGGCGCGGCUCGGCCUCAGGCUCCCUGCUGCCGAGGUGCAGACGGCCUUCGGCAGAGCGUAUCGCCAGCACUCUGCCCGCUACCCCAACUACGGUACAGCCCAGGGACUGGGAGCUAAGGCCUGGUGGUCAGGGGUGGUGCGGGACACCUUCUCCCAGUGCGGGGUGGGGGACCAGGCCCUUCUGGACACGUUAGCACGCAAUCUGUACCAGGGAUUCAGUGGACCACAGACCUGGGAGGUCUUCUCCGACUCCGAACGGGCUCUGCAGAGCUGCGUCGCCUUGGGCCUCCACCAGGGCGUCGUGUCCAACUUUGACAAGCGCCUCGAGGUCAUCUUGCACCGCUGUGGCCUGCGCCCCUAUUUCUCGUUCCUGGUGACCUCAGAGGAAGCCGGGGUGGCGAAGCCGGACCCGGGCAUCUUCCGACAAGCGCUGGAGCGGUGCGGGGUGCCCGCCGUGAACGUGGCCCACGUCGGGGACAGCUACGUCAACGACUAUGUCACGGCACGCUCCCUGGGUAUUCGAGGCUAUCUUCUGGACCGGAGCAGAGGCCAGGAGCUGCCGACGGUCCCCGCAGGGCAUCGGCUCCACUCCCUCGACGAGCUGCCAUCUGUACUUGUGCGGGAUGCGGACUGAACGCGUGUGGACGCCUGUUGGACACCGAGACGGAAACAAUUCUUUCUACUUGAAUGCACAGGAAGUUUCUGCCUGUUGUAUCAGAGAUUAUUUUAUUAUGCUUGUAAUGCAAGUAUGUAGUUGUAUUAAUGAUUAUAAAAUAAUGUUAUAUCAAAUACAAUGACAAUAGA